UACACCAGUCGCGCGCAUUCAUCCCCGUUACAAUGGCUGCUUCUCCUGCUGCUCUGGCCCAGGCCGCCACCCAAACGAAGCCCGAGGGCAUUGAUCUUUACGCUCGCUUCGCUCUUGCUGGUGCUCUGGGCUGUUCCGUUACACAUGGUUCCUUCACUCCAGUCGAUGUCGUCAAGACCAAGAUUCAGCUCGAUCCCGCGACCUUCAACCGUGGUAUGAUUGGCGGGUUCCGCCAGGUUAUUCAAAACGAGGGCGCCGGGGCUCUUUUGACUGGCUUCGGUCCAACCUUUACUGGUUACUUCAUCCAGGGAGCCUUCAAAUUUGGCGGUUAUGAGUUUUUCAAGAAGCAAUCCAUCGACGUUCUUGGCCUCGAAACGGCCCGCCAGAACCGUACUGCCGUCUACUCCGUCUCUGCCGCCAGCGCUGAAUUCUUCGCCUCUAUUGCUCUCUGCCCCCUCGAGGCUACCCGUAUCCGUCUCGUCUCUACCCCUGGCUUCGCCAACGGUUUGAUUGGUGGUUUUAGUAAGAUUCUCAAAAACGAGGGCAUCGGUGCUUUCUACUCUGGUUUUGGCCCUAUCCUGUUCAAGCAGGUUCCCUACACAGUGACCAAGUUUGUCGCUUUCGAGAAGAUUUCCGAGGCUAUCCUCGCUCGUCUUGACAAGUCCAAGCUAUCGAGUGGUGGCCAGACCGCCGUCAACUUGGGAUCUGGUCUUCUUGCUGGUUUCGCUGCUGCCAUCGUCUCUCAGCCCGCUGAUACUAUGCUGUCCAAGAUCAACAAGACCAAGGGUCUGCCUGGCGAUAGCACCAUCUCCCGUCUUGUCAAGAUCGCUGGUGAGCUCGGUCUCCGUGGUUCCUUCACUGGUCUUCCUACUCGUCUCUUCAUGGUUGGUGGACUUACUGCGGGCCAAUUUGCCAUCUACGGUGACAUCAAGAAAGCUCUUGGUGCGACCAAUGGUGUUGAGAUUUCUAAGUAAACGAUCCAUGAUGGACGUUCCAAAGAUUUAGAUGGUUUGUGUAGAGGGGAGGAAAAGGUCUGAAUAGAGAGAGCGACGUAGCCAGAUCUGCGGCCCUACUCAAGAGUCAAAGUUGAGUUUGAGACACCUCACUUCCCUUUUGCCAAGACGCGGUGCCCUGCAAAACCCGCUCAAUCAGUGUAUAAUUGCCUCGGGCCGGUGUAUCCAUAGAUCUAAAAGCAAUUCUACUACUGAUUCUCAUGCUUUGAAAAGGCAACCCCAGC